CUCCUAUAUUCCCUCAUCCUCCCGCCACUGUACACACUGUACGGACGCCGCCGCCGCCGCCGCCGCCGCGACCUACUACUGCAUCUCUUCAGAUAUCCCAAUGCCUAGCAAACGGAAAUCUUCUCCGGCAACAAAGCCAGAGUCUUCAUCCGGCAGCAGGAAGUCGAAGAGACUUGUAGUUGAAAGGCCAGAUCCAGUAGUAGCUCAACCAGCUGAUUCCGAUUUUGAACAGGAACCUGUUUUAUCAUCAACGAAGAAAUCCACGAGACGAACAACAGCUGAAAGUUCAGUGGUAGCUUGUCAAUCGGAAAGCAAUAACAAGAAGUUGAAGAAGCUAGCUGUAGAAAAGGUAGAAUCUGGCGUAGCUUCACCAGCUGAUAGCGAUUUCGUAUCUGAGUCUAAUUCAGCGACGCCGAGCAAGAAAUCCACGAGGCAAGCUGCAGUAAAGGUGGAACCUUUGGUGGAUUCUGUAGCUGAGAGUGAUUUUGUGGAGGAGGAAGAUGUAGAUGGAAUGGAGCUAGGGAGUCUGAAGAAGAGCUUGUCGAUUUCACCUUCAAAAAGGAAGCCUAUGAGAGCUGAGAAAGUGAAAGAUGAAGAGUGUGCACUUGCCGGUGACCCUGUUCCGGAUGCAGAAGCUAGAUUGAAGUGGCCUCAUCGCUAUAACAAGGGGAAAUCAAAUGGUACCAAGAGCUUAAAUGGUCAAGAUGAUCCGGACCAGUUAAUUCAAGCUAAGUGCCAUUUUAGUCGAGCGGAUGUUGAUGGUCAGAUUUAUUAUCUCGAGGAUGAUGCACAUGUGAAGGCUGCUGAUGGCGAGGAUGAUUACAUUUGCAAGAUUGUCGAAUUCUUUGAAGCAGUUGAUGGCAUGCAGUAUUUUACAGCUCAGUGGUUUUAUAGAGCUAAGGAUACUGUUAUUAAAAGCCACGAUCAGUUCAUUGACAAUAAACGUGUAUUCCUUUCUGAAAUCAAGGAUGACAACCCUCUUGAUUGCCUUGUGACCAAACUAAAGAUUGUUCCUGUGCCCUCAAAUGCAACUUCACAGUUCAAGGAAAAUGUAAAAUCAAAUUGUGAUUUCUACUAUGACAUGAAGUACUUGCUUCCAUACUCUUCCUUCAUUAGCUUGCCUCCUGAUACUACAAGUCCAGUUAGUUCAUCUUCUACUAUAUCAAGUGACAUUGAUGCUGGUGAAGUCAAAGAACACAAUCUGGAAAAGAAGCUAUUGGAUCUAUAUUCAGGAUGUGGAGCAAUGUCCACAGGGUUAUGCUUGGGUGCCAAUAGCAAAGGCGUUAAACUUGUUACUAAAUGGGCUGUUGACCUUAACAAACAUGCAUGUGACAGUUUGAGAUUGAACCACCCAGAGACUCAGGUGAGGAAUGAGUAUGCCAGUGACUUCCUAUCACUUCUAAAGGAGUGGGUGCAGCUUUGUGUCUCUUGUUCCUUGGUAAAAAGCAGUGUUCCUCCACACCCUCAUUUGAAAGUAACAGAUGAAGUUGAAGAAGAUGAAGAAAAUGAUGAUGAAGGUGAUGAUUCUGGUGAUGAUAAAGAAGGUGAAAUAUUUGAGGUCGAAGAACUAUUAGAAGUUUGUUACGGAGAUCCUAAAGAAAAUAACAAACCUGGACUUUACUUCAAGGUCCGCUGGAGAGGUUAUGGUCCAGAGGAAGACACCUGGGAGCCAAUAGAUGGCUUAAGUGACUGCCCGAAGAAAAUCAAAGAGUUUGUGGCAAAAGGCUUCAAAGCAAAUCUUUUGCCGUUGCCUGGUGAUGUUGAUGUUGUAUGCGGUGGACCACCUUGCCAAGGAAUCAGUGGAUUCAAUCGUUUUAGGAAUAAAGAAAAUCCGAUGCAGGAUCCUAAAAAUAAACAACUUGAUGUCUACAUGGACAUUGUGGAUUUCUUGAAACCCAAGUUUGUAUUAAUGGAGAACGUGGUGGACCUUGUCAAAUUCUCCAAUGGUUUCCUUGGGCGAUAUGCAUUGAGCAGGCUUGUUGGGAUGAACUACCAAGCACGGAUGGGAAUGAUGGCAGCUGGUGCGUAUGGUCUUCCACAAUUUCGUAUGCGUGUCUUCAUGUUUGGUGCUCUUUCAUCGGAGAAGUUGCCACAAUAUCCAUUGCCCACACAUAAAGUUAUUGUGAGGGGUGUUAUUCCCGUAGAAUUUGAGUCAAACACAGUUGCGUAUGAUUCAGGCCAGGAUCUUGAGUUAAAGAAAGAGCUCUUUCUUGGUGACGCACUUUCUGAUCUCCCUUUGGUGGAGAACAAUGAGCCAAGAGAUGAAAUGCCUUACACUGAUGAGCCCAAAUCUGAUUUCCAGCAUUUUAUAAGAAUGGGGAGGGAUGGGUUGCCGGGAAGCGUACUAUAUGAUCAUCGUCCUCUUCAGUUGAAUGAAGAUGAUCAUCAGCGUGUAUGUCAAAUUCCCAAGCGGAAGGGUGCAAACUUCAGGGACUUGCCUGGAGUUCGUGUUCGGCCAGAUAAUAAAGUUGAAUGGGACCCAGAUGUGGAGAGAGUAAAGCUACCUUCUGGAAAGCCUUUGGUCCCCGACUAUGCUAUGAGCUUCGUUGGUGGUAGUUCCUCAAAACCGUUUGGUCGUUUGUGGUGGGAUGAAACUGUCCCAACAGUUGUGACGAGAGCUGAACCCCAUAAUCAGACCAUAGUACAUCCACUACAAGAUAGAGUGCUCACAAUUCGUGAAAAUGCAAGGCUCCAAGGUUUUCCUGACUACUACAAGUUGAUAGGUCCAAUAAAAGAAAGGUACAUGCAAGUAGGUAAUGCAGUUGCAGUUCCAGUUGCCCGAGCAUUGGGCUAUUCUUUGGCCAUGUCAAUAAAGGGAUUAUCAGGAGAAACACCAUUGUUCACCUUGCCAAAAAAUUUCCCAUCUCACGAGGAACAGAAUUGUAAUGAAGUGUCCCAAUAAUUUAAGCUUAAUUAAUUGCGAUUACUGAAUGGUUUUUCUCCCUUUGUAUGGGGGAUGAUUAUUUUUAGGAUCUUAGUUUUAUUGAUUAAUUUGCCUCCAGACAUUGUUUCACAAUACAAUCAUGCCAAUGUUGAAGUUGGUGAAAGGCGUGAGUUAAUGUAAUAGCAAAUUGAACAUGUCUUGUCCUAUUCUAGUUCCCAGAAAAUGUAUUUUGAGCAUUCAAUUCCAUGAAACAUUUCAAGUUGUAAACUGUGAGGAAACAUGUAGACACAUUA